AUGAGUUACGGAAGAGGUCGUGGUGCUCCAAUGGGAGGAAACUACUACAAGAAUAACUACGCUUUGCAUGAUUAAGACUAUGAUGAUGACGAAGAUGCUGAUGAGUAUGGAAUGUAUUAUGAGGAAGAUGAUUCAGAUGAUAUUGAUGCUCAAUAUGCUUAAAAUUAUCCACCUGGAUCUCUAUUUUAAGGAGUGCCUAAGAUGGGAGGUGGCCCAAUGGGUAUGCCAGGAGGACCUAUGGGCAUGGGAGUAGCUAUGACCUCGGCAAGUGGAGUCCCUUUUUAUGGAUAAUAAGCAAAGCCUUAAGGUGGUGGUGGCUACACUUAUGGAGGAAUAGGUGGAGGAGCAGGUGCAUUUGUAGGAGGAAUGGGAAGUUAGAAACCUGCUGGUGGUGGAUUCACUUAUGGAAUGGCAUCUUAAGGUGGAAAUUUAUUUGGUCCACCCUCUACUACAAGUCCAUUAACUGGAGGUACUCAAUUUGGAGCUCCACCCACUCAGAACUCUAAUCCUGGCUUGUUUUAAUUUGGGAAGGUUUCAUCAAUGGGAGGAAUCGGGGCAUUUGGUAGUGCCUCAGCUGCAGGAGGUCUUUAUGGGGUAGGGCCUAGCGCUGUUGUUGAAAAUGAUCCUUAUGCAAACAUAGCCAUUGAUUUGAAUAAAGUAAAGAAGUAAGAGCCUCCUGCAAAACUAUAUGAACAUAAAACAGAGGAAGAAAAAAAGAAGGAAGCUGAAUCUAAAAAAAACUCUUCAGCUGCAUCAGCUGGCAAGUCAAACUUAAAAAAAGAUUUUGACGAGAAAAAGAAAAAGGAGGAUGAAGAUGAGAGCAAAAGAAAGAGGAGUGUCUCCUUUGGUAAAAGUACUACUUAUGAAGUAGAAAAACUAGACAGUGAUUAAUCAACUGAGUUCAUUAAUAAAGAUAAUGUCGGUGGAAGAGGAUCUCCCAGACCUGGAGAUAAAAAAGUAAUAGCAGAAAAAGAUCUUAGUGAUGGUAGGAGUGACAAGGAGAAAAUCCUUGAAAUGCUAGAGAGACAGUAAAGGGAAUAACUGGAGGAGAUGUAAGCGUUAAACGAAUCGAAUAAAAAACACAUAGAAGAUAGCCUAGGAGAGUCUAGCUCCUUAUCAAUGCCAAAUUAAACUCAGUUAAGCAAUUAAGGAAAAGCACCAAUUAAUUAACUAGAUAAAAUUAGUUCAACCAAGGCUCAACUUGCUGAUUCUAAUUCUUAUGAAUCAGAUGAUUUUGAGGAUGUUAGUGCAAGUGGAAGUGGCUCUAAGUCAAAGCUUGUUCACUGGCCUGGAAAAGAAGCAUUCAAAGGGAAAGACGAAGAAAAAGUGAUUCCUAAAAAGACUGAUUCAGAUAAAUAUGAUGCAAAUGCUAUGGAGGCUUACAUGAAAAAACAACAGUAAAACUAGCCACCAUUGUAAAAGUAGAAAGUCUAAAACUACGAUAACAGUGAGAGUCAAAGUUAUGACGAAGAUUUUGAGUCGAUGUCAAAAAGCCAAACUGCUCUGACUUCAAGUAUGCUUUAAAGCCCAAAAGACAUUAACCCAAAAAGUAACAACUCUAAGGCUGCAACAAGCACAAAUACAAACAAUCAAACUAAAACAUUCGAGUAUAAACCAUAAGUUGUUCCAGAAUAUAAGAGCAUAGCUGAUUAAUACAAGAAAAAGGAAAAUAAAUUCAUUCAGACAGAUGAGACCAAGUAUGAUUUUAUGACUCCUUAACAGUAAACUGGUACUUAUAAAGAGUGGUCAUUACAAUAAAAUCUUAAAGAUGCUGAGAAUCUAAUUCAGGAUUUGAAAACUACAAAUGCAGAGUAAAAGGAUAAAAUCAAAGAACUAGAAGUUCAACUAAAAAAGAAAGACCUGGAUUACCAGACUAUGAGAAGAGAAAGCAUGGAUGCAACUGAGACUGCUAAGAGACUUCAAGAAUAACUAAAGGACUCCAUUCACAAGAACACUCUUUACAAGAUGGAAGUGGAGGAGUUAAUUAAGCAAAUCGAUUUGGCUGAUGCUAAGACCAGAAACAAAGAAGAUGAAUUGAAACUCGCUUCAGCGGAAUACGAUAGAAAACUUAAACUGUAAGAGGAAAGGAUAUUGUUUAGAAUAGGCAAAAAUGAACAGAGAGAAGUCACUGACUUGAGGAGGUAGCAAAUGAUUGAGAAAGAGGAAAUAGAAUCCAAAUGCAGAGAGAUGCAGGAAGAGGUUGAUUACUUAAUGCAAAAAGUCACCAAGCUUGAAGUAGAGAACAAGAGUCUCAUCUUGGGAAGAGAUUCUAAUAAAAAGGUGAAAGAACUGCAGGAAGAAAUAGACAUGCUUAAGCAUUAAUUAUCUUCUUCUUAUCAAGUCUAGUAGGAGAAUAUUAACCUUAGAAAUAUCAAGAAUGACCUUUCAAAAGAAGAUCAAGUCAAGUUGCAGAGAGAACUCUAACAAUUAGAAUUAAUGGUGAAAGGCUACUAAGAUGAAAAUGAAAAAGCAUUAGUUAAGAUUAAAUAACUAGAAAAAGAUCUCAAAAUGUCCUAGGAAAAGGCAUACAAUGAAACAAGAAGGGUAAAGGACCUACAGCAAAAAGCUCUUUUAAAUCAAGAUAGAGUUUAUGUUGAAGAAAACAAAGAUGAACUUGACAUUCAAACUGUAAACAAUAUGGGCUUAGGCAACGCAAUAAGUUAAAAAACUCUUUAGGAUCUGCAUUAAUAGCUGCAAAAACUGUAAAACGAAAAACAAGACUUUGAAAGAGAUAUGAGCAUCAAGGAAUCGUAAUUGAAAGCAUAAAUUAAUAAGCUUAGGGAUGAAAAAACUGCAUUAGAAAAGUAACUCAUAGAUACAGAAUUCAUCGUUGGAGAUAAAAAUUCUGAGAUUCAAAAGUUAAGAGACGAAUUUAGAGUAAAUAAAGAGCAAACAAAUCAGUAGAUAGGGGAUUUAGAGGAAAAGAUCUAAUGGUUUAGGUAAAAUUAAAGAUUGAUUGCUGAAGAUGAUUCCGAUAGAGAAUCACUACUUCAAGAACUAACUUAGCUAAGAGAAAAAUCAAAGAAACUCGAAACUGAUGUCAAGAGAACUAUUGACCUUGAGAAAAAAUGCAAGUUACUUGAAGAAACAAUCAAAUCGAAAAAUCCUAACAGCAUUCCUAUGCUAAUUUAAGCUGCUAAGGAGACAGUAGCUAAUGAAAAGCAAUAGAAUUCCACUUCCGAUAAUUAAAGAGUGAGAUAGUUGGAGUAAUAACUUGAAGAUAAAGAUAAGGAAUAUGAGAAGAAACUAAGAACUCUAAGACAGGAAUAAGAGAGAAUGAAGCAGCUAUAUGAAAAGAGAUCAGGUUAAACACCAGAAGCUAAACGUGUCUUAGAACUUGAAGAUGAAAUACAGAAAACUAAAGCUUACUACAAUAAAAGAAUAAGAGAGAUUGAGGAUAAGUACAAAUUUAGAAUCCCAGAUAAGGAGGAAUCUAAAACUAAAGGCUUAUCUAAACCUCCUACCACUUAGACUUAAAAGGACAAGCCGACAAUAGUUGUCUCUGAUAAUAAACACUAUGAGGAGUUAGUCGAUAAAAUAACAAAAGAAAGAAAUUUGCUUGCUUAGAAAGUAGUAAAUUUGGAAACUGCAAAUAACAAGAGAAGAUAGUCAUUCUCUGGAAAUCAACCAAAUUCUACUCCAUCAUUCUUGAUAGAUGACAAUAAGCAUGCUAUUAAUGCUAUAUUUAGCAUUUCAAAUCUAAUUAAAUAAAAUCCUCAAAAAGAUAAUGCGUUUUCAUUGAUUGAAGCUGCCUUAUCUUGUAUUGAACAAAUAAAGAGUAAAGAUCCAGUUAAGAAUAAAUAAAUAUCCUAAAACUUGCUAACUCUAACCUAAGAAUUGAAUGGAACAUCUUAAAUAAACGAUAAAAUAUUAUCAGAUAUCAUGAAUCUAUGUAAAUCAGAUUUAACUGUCUCUAACUAACUUUAAUUCAAUGAUCUUAAGUUAAAGCAUUAACACUCAGCAAUAACCCCAAAUAAGGACAUUUAAAGUGUAAUGAAUUCUUUCAUUGAGGAAGAUCAUAAAGUCUAGAAAUCUCCUGUAAGCAAGCCUCCAAAAGCAGUCUCGCAUCCUUUUGUGCUAAAUAACACUUAAUAAGCAAGAGGAAUAAAAGAUAUCAUGAAACUAAUAGUUUAAAGUGGUCUUGAUUUCGAAAGAGCUGUUAAAGAGAGAUAGCUCAAUCCAAAAAGAUUGCAACUUAACUAAAUUUAUUAGCUACUCAGAGAGGAAGAACCCUCACUAAAAAAUGUAACACUAGAUGAGGUAAAGCAGUUGAUAAGAUUUGUUAAGGACAAAAGUAAUAUAGAUAGCGAGGAGAUAUUUGGGAAUAAUUAGAAGUAAGAUGAGUUGGAUCUAUUUGAUUUAGUGAAUGUUGUUAUGGAUGUAUCUCUAGAUGUAUUUAAAAUGAGCGAAAAUGAUAACCCAAAUGAAUCAAUAAUUAAAGUACCGACGAGAUACUCAAAUGAUAAUUUCAUGAAUAAAUCUCCACCUAUUAGUAAUGAAGAAGUCUAAAGGUUGAAAGAGCAGAUUAGAUAGCUGUAGUAAGAUAAAGAAAUAUCUUAAGGUUAGUAAGAUAAACAGAAUAGACUUUAAACUCUAAUCUAGUAGCUUAAUAAUGAGAAAAGAGAAUUACAGGACAAAAUUGAAAAGCUUGAAUCAUCAAAGCAAAGAGUUGAAAGGAUCUUAAGGUAAAGUGUAGGUCACAGGGGCUCAAUGAGAAAAACUAAUGGUACUGAUAUUGAUAGUAAUGAGAUCAUUGAUGAACUUGCAGUAGUCUUGAAGAGGAUCGAAUUUUUGGAGCAGUAAAGUGAGGAUCGAGAUAAAAUGACUUAUUAGGAACAUGGUCCUUGCAAGAGGGAGAUAACAAGACUCUAAUAAGAUCUGGAAGAGGAGAGAGUUGAUAAACAAAGGUUGCUUUCAAAGAAAAAUGCAGAAGUUUCUUACUUCAAGUCAGAGUUAGAUGCACUUUUGAGUGAGAUGAAACACAUCAUCACAUCUAAAUAAAAGAGGACCAAAUGA